AUGGCGAGUAAGGCAGAAGACAAAGACUCUGUACUUACCGAUGUAUUGGCCAGAAUGCUAGAACUCAUCUCGCAGAUACAAAAUCGAGAACAGCGCCCUGAAUUGACCAUUGAGGCUUUGGCACCGUCGAUUAAAGAAUUUUCUUUUGAUCCGGAGAAAGGCACCACGUUUGACAAAUGGUAUUGCCUUUACGAAGAUAUCUUCAGGGAAGAUGCCAAAGCACUCUCAGAAGCCGCCAGGGUGAGACUUCUCUUGAGAAAACUAAGCCCUAAUUGCCAUGCAGGUUAUGUCAAUUCAUUACUGCCAAGAGCACCCAGAGAUCUCAAUUACGAGCAAACAGUCGAGGCCCUCAACAAACUCUACGGCUCACGUGAAUCCUUAUUUCACAUCCGAUGGAAGUGUCUUCAGAUGCAGAAAGACGAAGCAGAUGAUUUCAAGAGCCACUCUACAAAAGUAAACAAAGCGUGUGAGGAUUUCCGUCUUGGAGAUUUGACGCCAGAACACUUUAAGGUUCUUAUCUUCAUCAUGAGCCUUCGCGACAGUAAAGACAAGGAGGUGAGAUCACGCCUUUUACGUCUUUUGGACACUGAAGAUCCCUCGAAGAUUACACUCAAUCUCAUGGCUGAGGAAUCCAUCAGAUUCACCACAAUUAAAUCGGAUAGUGCAGUUGUGGAGCAAUCCGCUCAAGGGAACAAUUCUUCACUGGAAGUGUGUGCUGUCAAGCAGAAACCUGUCAACAGCAAAGGCAAAGCGCACACACACAAACACACCAACUCUCAAAAGUUUCCAAAAACAACACCACCCUCUCCGUGCUGGCAGUGCGGUGGAAUGCAUUUUGUGAAGUUUUGCGAGUACUCGAAUAAAACCUGCCCUUCCUGUAGCAAGAAAGGACACAAAGAUGGGUAUUGUGGUGUAGUUUCUGCAAAGAAAAAACACCCCCAGAAAAAACAGCAAGUUUCUGUGAACACAAUCACCACAGACGUGUGUUCAGUGACUUCACUCAGACGCAGUGUCGAUGUCAAAAUAAACAACAUAACCUAUCGUUUGUUGUACGACCCAGGAUCGGAAGUUACCAUUAUCUCAGAUGCAAAUUGGCGUCUUAUGGGCUCUCCACCACUUCAGAAUCCCUCCAUCACAGCGAGAGAUGCACAAGGAAAUCCACUGACUUUCCAUGGUGAGCUUCAUACACAGGUGACUUUCCGGGAGAUGAAUCGCGCAGCCAAGUGUCUCAUUAGCACUAGUGAUAUCAAUCUCUUUGGGGCUGAUUGGAUAACCCUUUUUGGAUUAUGGAACGAACCAGCUUCCUCUUUCACUUGCAACGCAGUAAAUGCCAUUGAGGGAUCCACAAUCACGCAGGACAAUAUCGUCACAGAGCUCAAGCAGAAGUUUCCUACAGUUUUCUCAUCGAGUUUGGGAAAAUACAACAAAGCGAAGGGACAGCUUCGCCUCAAGCCAAAUUGUGCACCAGUUUUUCGUCCCAGACGCCCAGUGCCAAUUCACAUGACACAAUUGGUAGACGAAGAACUUCAGCGACUACAAAAUCUGAAAAUCAUCACACCAGUAGAUUACAGUGAGUACGCAGCACCCAUUGUUAUUGUUAGAAAACCCAAUGGAUCAAUUAGAAUUUGUGCUGAUUAUUCUACGGGACUGAACAGUAUUCUCGAGACACACCAUUAUCCAAUUCCCACUCCUGAGCGAAUUUUUGCAAGUCUGUCUAGUUCUAAAAUAUUCUCAAAAGUUGAUCUCUCGGAUGCAUAUUUGCAAAUAGAAAUGGAUGAUGAGUCUCGCAGAAUGCUAUCCAUUUCCACACAUAGAGGGAUUUUCGAAUUUAACCGGCUGUGCCCAGGAGUGAAAUCAGCUCCCGGAAUUUUCCAACAAACACUUGAUACAGUUUUGGCAGGAAUUCCUUCAGUGUUCGCUUAUUUUGAUGAUGUGUUAGUUGCUACUCCGGAUAUGGAGACUCACGGGAAAGCUCUUUUAGCUGUUUUUGAGCGGUUCCACACGAACAAUUUGCGCGUUAAACUCGAAAAAUGCAAAUUUUUCAUGAAAGAGGUUAGAUUUUUGGGAAUCGUUAUUGACGCAUCUGGCCAGCGUCCUGACCCCGAUAAAUCUCACGCUAUUGCAUGCAUGCCUCCACCCACAAAUGUUGCGGAAUUACGGUCAUUCCUGGGCGCACUAACGUUUUAUUCCCGAUUUGUGAGGCACAUGAGCGAAAUUAGGCAACCAUUAGAUUCCUUACUUAGAAAGGAUGUUGCAUGGCAGUGGACACUUGAAUGCCAGCAGGCAUUUCAAAAGUUCAAGGAAAUACUCCUUUCAAACCUACUACUGAUGCACUAUAACCCCUCCCUUCCAGUUAUCGUUGCUGGGGAUGCCAGUGAAGCAGGUAUCGGAUGUGUGGCAUUUCAUAAGUUGGAGGACGGAUCCCUUAAGGCUUUUCAUCACGCAUCCAGAAGAUUAUCACAAACAGAGAAGAAUUAUUCACAGAUUGAAAAGGAGGGGCUUGCCUUGGUUUUUGCUGUGACCAAAUUUCACAAUUACAUUUACGGUAGAAGGUUUGUCAUGCAAACAGAUCACAAGCCACUGCUUGCAAUUUUUGGAUCUAAAAAGGGAAUACCCAUUCACACUGCAAACCGCUUGCAACGUUGGGCACUCAUCCUGCUUGCCUAUGAAUUCACGCUUGAAUUCGUCCCAACAGACAAAUUUGGAGCAGCAGACAUUUUGAGUCGUCUCAUCCAACAACACCCACGCCCUACUGAUGAAGAUUUUGUUGUCGCAUCCGUAGAAUCAGAUGGAAUUGAUGAUUCUAUCAUACAGGACGUGGUGAGAAACAUUCCUGUAACAUUCCGGAUGAUUCAAAAUUCCACUCAAAAGUGUCCUAUUCUCUUAGAAGUUGCCUCGCUCAUACUAAAGGGUUGGCCACUCCAUUCCGCCAAUCUAUCAGCAGAAGUUUCUGAAUUCUUCAAAUUCAGAGAAUCACUGUCACUUAUAAGGUCUUGUAUAAUGUACAGAGAACGAAUUGUUAUACCCAGCAACCUUCGCACUGAUAUCUUAAAACAACUACAUGAUGCCCACCCGGGAAUCACGAGGAUGAAGGCACUUGCCCGCUCAUAUGUCUUUUGGCCAAAAAUAGAUAAAGACAUUGAAGACCUCGUCAAGAACUGUGCAAAUUGCGUUGCUGUGGCGAAAUUCCCCACGAAAAGUGUACUUUACUCGUGGCCUUUGUCUACAAGACCUUGGCAGAGAGUUCAUGCAGAUUUCGCAGGACCAGUAAAUGGGUUAUGGUUCCUCGUGCUCGUGGACUCGUACACAAAGUGGCCGGAGGUGUACACAAUGAGCUCUACCACUGCAACAGCUACAAUCACGAACAUUGGGGAUGCAUGUGCCCGCCUAGGGUUCAUGGAAACUUUAGUGACCGAUUGUGGGAGGCAAUUUGAUUGCAUGGAGUUCAAUACUUUCUGUGAAAUGUCCGGAAUCAUGCACAUCACAACACCUCCUUACCACCCACAAUCUAAUGGCCAAGCAGAGAGGUUUGUGGACACCCUAAAACGCUCCAUGAAGAAAUUGAAGGACUCAGGGGAUGUUCAUUCAUCACUUCAAAAAUUUCUGAUGAACUAUAGGGCUACACCAAACCCUAAUACUUUCAAUGGAACGUCACCCUCUGAGCUCAUGCUUGGGCGUCAAUUGCGUAUUCCGUUAGACCUCAUUAAGCCUCCGGAAGACGAGCCACCCAAAAGAAAUGUUUCCAUGGAGGAAAUGUUCAAUAAGAAACAUGGUGCCAAAAACAGAUUUUUUUCGGUGGGGGAAAAGGUCUACGCCCGACAAGGUGACAAAACUGAGUGGACUCCGGGAACAAUCAUAGAAAAAAGAGGAAAUGUCCUUUACAACGUGUUAUUGGAAUUUACUUGGGGAACCCGCCUGAUUCGGGCUCAUACAAAUCAAAUCAUUACUCGAACUGGAGCUGCAUUAUCUUCACCACCUCCUGAUGCAUUAGUUGUGCCACCGCCCAAAGAUCCUGUGGACCCAAUCAGUCAGAGACGCAGAAACCCGAGAGUUCCAACGCGAACGUCUCCAAUUAAAUUACGCUCUCGAGAGCCUAGGAGCACCUGA